AUGUAUCGGAUUGGUAACAUUUACUUCAUCACGGCCAUCGCCGUCAUCGGAGGUGGCCUGUUUGGUUUCGACAUAUCGUCAAUGUCAGCUAUCAUCGGCACCGAUCAGUACAAGUGCUACUUCAACCAGGGAUCUGGCCCGCCAAACUGCUCUGGUCCUCACUCCAGCACUCAGGGUGGGAUUACUGCUGCUAUGCCCGGCGGUUCUUUCGUUGGCGCCCUCGCUUCUGGCUUCUUGACCGAUAUCUUUGGCCGUAAGAAGGCUAUCCAAAUCGGCGCAGUUAUCUGGUGCAUUGGCUGCAUCAUUGUGUGUGCUUCCCAGAAUAUUGGCAUGCUUGUGGUUGGGCGUUUCAUCAACGGUGUCAGUGUCGGUAUCUGCUCAGCGCAAGUUCCUGUCUACGUCGCCGAGUUGGCUCCUCCUAGCAAGCGUGGCCGUGUCGUCGGUGCUCAACAAUGGGCCAUCACAUGGGGUAUCAUGAUCAUGUUCUACAUCUCCUAUGGAUGUAGCUACAUCAAGGGCAGUGCGGCUUUCCGUGUUCCAUGGGCCUUGCAGAUGAUACCUGCCAUCGUCCUUGGCUUCGCCCUCUUCUUGACUCCCGAGUCUCCAAGAUGGCUAGCUCGGAAGGAUCGCUGGGACGAGGCGCACGGCGUUCUAGCUCUGGUUCACGCCAAGGGUAAUCGCGAUGCACCCUUUGUCUUGAAAGAACUCCAGGAGAUCCGCGACUUCGUUUCGUUUGAGGCCCAGAACAAGGAUGUCUCCUACCUUGAGCUCAUCAAGCCAAACAUGAUUUACCGUCUCCAUGUCGGUGUCUUCACACAGAUCUGGUCUCAAUUGACAGGCAUGAACGUGAUGAUGUAUUACAUCACGUACGUCUUCGGCAUGGCUGGCUUGACUGGCAAUACGAACCUGAUUGCCAGUAGCAUUCAAUAUGUCAUCAAUGUCGGCAUGACAAUCUUCGCAUUGAUCUACAUCGACCGUUGGGGACGUCGAUGGCCCCUGAUGAUCGGUUCAACCUUGAUGAUGAUUUGGCUUUGGGCCAAUGCUGGUCUGCUGGCUUCAUAUGGCAGCCCGGCUCCACCUGGAGGUGUUGAUGGUGUCCCCGAAGAGUCAUGGCAAAUCUCGGGCGCUCCUGCUAGGGCCGUCAUCGCAUGCACAUAUCUGUUUGUGGCAUCCUUUGCUCCAACGUGGGGGCCUGUAAGUUGGGUGUAUCCUCCUGAGCUGUUCCCUCUGCGAUUGAGAGGGAAGGCUGUUGCUGUUACGACUGCUUCGAACUGGAUUUUCAACUUUGCCCUCUCAUACUUUGUACCACCUUCCUUCGAAAACAUCAAGUGGAAGACUUAUCUUGUCUUUGGUUGCUUCUGCACCGCCAUGACCAUUCACGUCUUCUUCUGCUUCCCCGAGACCGCCGGCAAAACACUAGAAGAGGUCGACGAGCUGUUCAGUAGCGGUAUCAAGCCAUGGAAUACUCAUGUGGACUUCCACCGUGUUCGUAGAGAAGAACAAGGUGACGUCGACAUGGAGAUGAAGUUGAGCAUUGGUGGCCAGCAUCACGAGAACCAACCUCAUGAUGUCGUCGGCACUACCACGGCAACUCAUACCGUCGACAAAAAUGAAGUUUCUUGA